AUGGGUACCAGUGAUCAACCAGGCAUUUCGGAUGUAGAAAGUGCAGGAAGUACUGGAGUGAUUCCAGGUGAUGGAUCGGAGAAUAUUGCUGCUGAACCGUUGCAUAUGCAAAAAUUAAGUAAAAUGUUGGAUUUGACGCGCUUUGUUCUUCAACUCGAAGAACUGCUGACGCAGCCAAUAAAAGUUCCAGGUACUUCGUUUCUUCCUUAUCCAGGCACUUCUGCUAAAAGUCGACUUAAUGUUGCUAGUAUGUUUUCUGUGCGUUCCUUAUGGGCAACAGAUGACGACCGAAAGCACUGUGUCAGUCAAUUGUACAAUUUUAAAACCUUGAGGAGGCGAAAAUGGAUUCAGAGGAUUUUACUAGAAGAAUCUGAUUCAGAUUCUGAUGGGGAUUUCCCAUUCACUAUUAACGAUUUGCGUACUAUUUUAAAGUUGCAUCGUCGACGGCGAAAACUUCAGAAAACUUAUCAUUUUAAUGAUCUCAAUUCUCAGUAUACAUAUUAUGGAGCCGGUCUUCUUAGCAAUCAUGAUCGAUUUCCAGAGCAUCAAGAUAAAAUAAUGGAAAAAAAUCUAAGUUUUCUUGGUCUUGAAGAUAGCGAGAUGGGGGAAGCAGCUGAAUUGGCCGAGCAGCUCCUCAACCCCCGAUCGAUGCUCAAUGUUGAUGGCCUGCUUGAUGCAUUGACAGCCUUGGUAGAAGAUUGCAACUAUCCUUUACUAAGGCGAACGAAAAAUAUUGAUAAUUUUGUUACUCGGUAUAUUGAAGCUGUACAACAGAUAACAGCACUUCGUUUAAAAGGGUCGGAUUUUCAACUUAUCAAAGUGAUAGGGCGAGGAGCUUAUGGAGAAGUACAACUCGUGCGACAUAAUAUAUCCCGGAAUGUUUAUGCUAUGAAAUUGCUUAAUAAAAAUGAAAUGGUUAGGAGAGCAGAUUCUGCUUUUUUUUGGGAAGAGCGCGACAUAAUGGCUCAUGCGAAUUCAGAAUGGAUUGUCCGAUUACACUAUGCAUUCCAGGACAUACGUUUUUUGUAUAUGGUAAUGGAAUAUAUGCCUGGUGGUGAUUUGGUGAACUUGAUGACUUCAUAUGAUGUAUCUGAGAAAUGGGCCCGUUUUUAUGCAGCAGAACUUGUAAUGGCAUUGGAUACUCUUCAUGGAAUGGGCUAUAUUCAUCGGGAUGUCAAGCCAGAUAAUAUGCUCAUAAGUAAAUCGGGCCAUGUAAAAUUAGCUGAUUUUGGUACUUGUCUGCGAAUGGGCCCUGAUGGAUUAGUAAAAUGUACAACUGCAGUUGGUACUCCUGAUUAUAUUAGUCCGGAAGUCCUUGAACUACAAGGCACCGAAGGAGUAUACGGACGUGAAGUUGAUUGGUGGGCGGUCGGAAUAUUUGUAUAUGAAAUGUUGGUGGGUGAAACACCAUUUUACGCGGACUCAUUGAUGGGAACAUAUACGCGGAUUAGGAAUCAUGCAACAGAAUUGAAUUUUCCGGAUGAUGUUGAGAUGUCAGAAAGUGCCAAAAAUUUAAUACGAGCUUUUUUGUCCAGCUCAGAAAAGCGCCUCGGUAAGGAUGGUGUCGAGAGCAUAAAAGAGCAUCCAUUUUUCCAAAAUGAUGAAUGGACUUUUGAAACUAUCCGGAAAGCCGUCCCACCAGUAAUUCCGGAACUAAAAGGCGAUGAUGAUGCUUCACAUUUUGAUGAUAUUGAAGCGAAAGAACCUGAUCCAGCCGAAUUCUUCCAAAUUCCAAAAUCUUUUGCAGGCAACCAACUACCAUUUGUUGGUUUUACAUAUUCUAAUGAAACUGGUCCUGCAUCGGCCAUUCAGAAAAAGUUAGAAUUUGCAUCAAGAAGUGAUACAGUGCAAGUCCGAGCUGCUUUGACCCAUCUGAAUCGAAUUUCAGAAUCACAGCUAGAAGAUGAAAAACAUGAACUUGAGAAAGAGUUGGCGACAUACCAGGUACAAGUGAAAGAUUUGUCUCGAAAACUCGAUAUGGAACGGGAAGAAAUGGACAUUAAAAUCAAAAUAAUCACUUCGCUAGAAGAGCAGUUGACGUUGAAAGCAAAAGUAGAAGACCGUGUGAAAGAACUUGAACGGCAAAUUGUUGAGCUCAAUGAAAAAUGUCGUCAUCAUGCAGAAUCUGAAGAACGCUGCAGAAAGCAACAAACUGAAUUACACACUAAACUGAAUUCACAAAAUGAACUUGCUCGAGAAUUAACUGAACGGCUUCAGAAAAGUAAUGAGGAAGAAGUGGUUUUACAGCAGCAGGUCGAUCAGCUACGAACUUUGAAUUCACAAGAACGAGAAAAUUUGAGACGAGCGCAACAACGGUCUAACGAACAAAAUGAGAAAGUAGAAGAACUUAGAACAGAAUUAACUGCUGCACAUGAGCGAGAAAUGGCGCUGAAAUGUGAAGUGGGGAAGCUCACUGAAAUCAUGGCACAGCAAGAAAAUUUUUCGGAUGAAAACAGGAUCAAUGAUGAAGUCCGAAAAAAUAACGUUCGCCUGGUUGGGGAUCUUCAAUCAGCUCACAAGAAGAUUGAGCAGCUAACAUCAGACUUGAAGCAAGAAAUGAAUCGCAGGUUAUCAAUUCAGGAUGAAAUACAUUGUACGAAUGACCAGCUUACUAACAUGCAGAAUUCGCUACAUUAUCAAGAAAAUGCAAGUCUUUUUUUGAUGACAUGUGAGUUAAGACGUGCUCGCGAUGAAAAGCGGCGCUUAGAAGAGCAGUUGCAGAGCUUGUCAUCGUUCAGUCGUCUUUUGCAAAGGCAGUUAGAAGACGUUCGAGAACAGUUUGACACUGAAUCCUCAUUUGUAAACAUAUAUAAGACUGAAAUGAAUGCUCUAAAUGAAGAACUGUUAGAAAAAACGCGACGCUUGGAGCAACUUGAAGACCAUCAAAAACGCGAAGAAGAAAGAACUCGUGAUGCACUUGCACAGCUUGAAAGUGAAAGAUUGGCGCGGCGUAUUGCUGAAGAAAAUUUGUCAACAACAGAUAAAGAAAAAACGAUGCUUGAAGUUGAAGUGCGUCAACUUGUGCAACGGCAUGAGAAAGAAUUAGCAGCAAAAGAUGCGGCUAUACAGUUGAUUUCUCAAAAGGAAGACGAGCUUCAGCAGUCAUUGCAAAGUGCUCAAAGUGAACUGCGUUCUCUAUCGGAACGAGAUUCAUCACGAGCAUCACCUGAAGAAAGUAUAAGAGAUCUAAAAAAUCAGUUAGAGCAUGAAAAAGUGAUGAAAACUACUGCUAUCAAUAAAUUAGAAGAAGUGAUGGCUCAACGUCAAGCAAAUGAGGCGUUUAAAAAAGGUAAAAUCAGUCGUAGUGAUGCAAGAAGACGCGAAAAAAAGAUAGCUGAACUGGAAAAAGAUUUAAGAAUGGAGCGACAGAAAUACGAAGAGAGGGUUAUGCAAAUUGCUAAAGAAAAUGAACAGUUGAAGGCAAGCACAGAAGAAGAAAAAGCUAAUGAAAAGCUACGAAUUGAUCUUGAAACAUUUCGACAUCUUGAAAGUGCUAUGAAUGAGCAAAAAAAACGAGAAAGACAAGAAACACAUGCUGAUCAAGCGCGAAUGAUGUCUGAUAGCCUUUUGCAACAGAUAAAUGAAAAUGAUUUGUGUUACGAUGGUGCAGUAUCGAUUCGCUUAACUGUGAAAAGACGACAUCAGUGGCAAGAAUGUUUUGCAGUUUUCAAUUCAGCUGGCCUUUUAUUUUAUUUGACACAAAAUGAUCGACAACCUUUCCAAACUAUUCAAGCAGAUAGAUUAUGUCAUGCUCGCCAUGUAAGUGCUGCGGAUGUCAGGUUUGCUGGUGAAAACCAGUUGCCGCGAAUUUUUCAGAUCUUGUAUGGUACUGAGGAAAAUUCGUCGUCAAGACGUUCGUCUGUGGCUGACUUGUCAUCAUUAUCAGGUUCGCGCGAGGAAAAACUGGAUAAAGCACUAUGGAAUAGGCAUGAUCUAGUUGAGCUGACUUUUCACAUGCCUACAAACUGUGAUCUUUGUGUUAAACCAUUGUCAAAUUUACUUCGACCUCCACCAGCUUUUGAAUGCAGACGGUGUCGGAUGCGUUUCCAUCGAGACCAUUUAGGAGUUGAAACGAUCCCACAGUGCAGGCAAACAGUCGAUGCACGAGAAAUGUUGAUAAUGGCUCCAUCAGUGGAAGCAUGUGUAGCAUGGGUACAGCAUUUGAAACGCUUCUUAGAUUUUAAGCAUUCCCAGAAGUUGGGCACACCAUUGCCACGUUCAGGUAGCUCGAUGAAAGUACCUAAUAAAUCUGCAAGUGUUCCUCGUUCUGCUACUCUUCCAAAUAAUUCACUUAUUUCACCUGUAGCUUUGUGA